AUGACAGCUCAAUGCAAAGAGCAGUUCCAGAACAACUUAUUGAUCCUUGUGUCUGGAAAUGGCUUGCCUAUUGAAGAUAAUGAUGCUACAAAAGGUACAUUCAACACUAAUUAUGUUGACUGUUUCAAAAUAUAUGUACAUAGUAAUAUGCAAUGGCAGCUAGAUCUUAUAUGAUUUAGCAUCUGUGGCUCCAUGCCAUUCAGGUAUUUAUGGAUAGGUGCAAUUGGGAAUAGAAUAAGAAUAUCAUUUACUAUAGAAUACUUGAUUUUGGGUAUUUUGGACAUAGUUUCGAUCAUGCUCUGAUCUUUAGGGGGUGUCCAACAUUAUUAUAAAGGGGGAAUUUUCAUACCCCUGCAUGGCAUAUACAUCACCAGUACUGUACAUUCUUUAUCUCAACAUAUUAGGACUAGCAUUUUGGAAAGCUAAUUCUCGUAAAGUCUUUGCUGUUCCUGUGUCAAUAAAGAAGGAUCGCAGUGUUGUAAAUUUGGUUGACGAUGAUUCCCUUGAUUCAGAUGAUUAUGAAAAUGCAGCAGCUGUUGAUGUUAAUUCAG